AUGAGAGCUUCGUUGUGUACCCGCAAUAUGUGGCGAGCUCACGUUUCGGACAGGAGGACUGUGGAGGAAAUGUACAAUUGUUUGGUGCAGAAGGGUGUGCUAAGGGAAGAGCCCGGACAGAGGCUGAUGGUACAGGCCUGUACGAAACUGGCGAAUUCGAUAAAGGUGCGUGAGAGUUCUUCAGGGAAAAAAGGAGCGGAACCCCCGCUCGCGAAAGGGUCGGGUGGUAAGGGCACGUUUGCCAACUCUGGUGGCUACAGUGGAAUUACUAGUAGUUAUGCCCGUCUGGAAACAUGCAGAGCGUUGGCGCAAUCGCUUUGGCACGCGGGGUCGCACUUCCUCCGGCGUGCAUCCCCCGACACUGUUACGCGGGACAUAAAAGUCCACUGGCCGGAGAAUCUUGGUGUUGAUAAGAGGACGGGGCUCUACCUGUGGGGGGACGUUGGUAUAGGUAAGACGCUUGUUAUGGAUCUUUUCGAACUCUCAGAAAUUCCGCACGUUAGCAAGAGGCGUGUGCACCUCCAUUCGUUCAUGUGUGAUUUGGUCAAGCGACUUCAGAAAGCGGAGACGGAGUUACGAGACCAUCGUCUGCGGCCAAUGGACACAGUGGUGAAUGACAUUCUUCAGGAAUCACCAAUUCUGUGUUUGGAUGAGUUUCAGACCAUCGACGUCACGCAUGCAUCACUACUAGCUGGUUUCUUCUCCAUCGCGCUGCCACGGGGCCUGAUACUGUUCGCAACAAGCAACCGUCCACCGCAGGACCUUACCUCCAUCUCCGAUUCUUUUGCGAGGUGUGUGCCGUUGCUGUGGUACUACUGCGACAUUGUUCACUGUGAAAACAUCCGAGACUACCGCGAGAACGCGUCUACCGGCCACCACGAUGCCAUUUUCCUCCACCCCAACACGAUCGAGGCAGCGGCACAACUCGUCCGCCGUGUAGAGCGUGGCAUCUCGGGUAGUCGCACGUGGGUAAAGGGGGCAACCAUAUGGCUUUACGGACGGGAGCUCGUUGUCCCGUACCACUGCGGCGGGAUUGCUUUGUUCGAUUUCAGGGAUAUUUGUGGUGCGCUCGGACCCCCCGACUUCCAGUGCCUUGCCAAAACUUUCCACACGGUUAUAAUUACAAACAUACCGCAGAUCAGCAGGUUAAAUAGGAACGCAGCGCAGCAGUUUGUUAUUCUCGUAGAUGAGCUAUAUCAAUUUAAUGUGAAGCUCCUCUUUACGAGUGAAGUGCCAUGGGGCCAGCUUCUGCGUGACGGCCUAGGGGAGUCGCCUUCUGUCGCCGAUUCCUGCUAUUCAGAGGGAGAGGAUGAGCGGAGUGGCUACGCAGCUUAUUAUGGUUUCCGUAACGAGGAAGAGUUGUUGAGUUUCAAUCGUAUAGCAAGUAGACUGAAGGAAAUGGGCUGCCGGCAUUAUCUGUUGCGCGACCACAACCACUUCGUUGUGUUAGACUAUAAUUUCGCUGCCCUUCUGGAGUAG